GCAUGUUGUAAUGUUUGAAAGGUUAAUUCGGGAUUAAAUGUUUUUUGCUCCUUAACUUCCGAUGCAUUAGUUCCCUCUUUGGGCAGCAGAAAGAUCGUAUUCAAACAUAUCUUGAAUUUCCACACUGGAGAAGAUCUCAAUCUGAGUGAGGCCCUUGAUUGGUUUGAGCAGAUGAAUUGAACUAUUGAAGGCCUUUGCUCUGGAUACUUGAUUUGUUCGUUAAGGAUUCAUUCUUGGACAGCAGAGUUAGGCUACGGUGGGGAGUUGUGGAAACGGUCGGUGAAUAAUGCUGCGGCGGCGGCGGGCGGCCGAUUACCGGCGCCCGGUUCGAAGCAGUUUUUCUUGCUGGAUCUGGACGCUACUGGGAAUAUUCUUUAUUGCAGGUUUUGUCUUGUUUGUGUUGCUUCACCUGCAUGACAGCGAGGAUCAUGCAGAACCGCAAAUUCUUGAUAGAGGUUCCAGAAAUGAUGAGGUUGUACAUGAGCAUUUAAAUUUCACUCAAGAAAUAUCAAGUGCUACAUCAUAUGCCAGACAAUUAAUAGAGCAGAUGACACUUGCCAAGGCUUAUGUGGUUAUAGCAAAGGAGCGCAAUAACCUCCAUCUUGCAUGGAAGCUUAGCAUGAAGAUAAGGAGUUGCCAACUUUUACUUUCAAAGGCUGCUAUGAGGGUGGACCCUAUCUCUGUAGAUGAAGCUGAACCCAUCAUCAGAAGCUUGUCUUCUCUGAUCUUUGAGGCACAAGAUGUGCACUAUGACAUAGCAACGACAAUGAUGACCAUGAAAUCACACAUUCAAGCUCUCGAAGAGCGCGCAAUUGCAGCAUCCGUUCAGAGCACUGCGUUUGGACGUUUACUUUCUGAAUCUCUACCCAAAAGCCUCCACUGUCUUGAUAUCGCUCUCACAACUGAUUGGAUCAAGAAAGUAUCAACACUGGAUCUUGCAGACAAAAUGAGAAACUCUCCUCGGCUAGGGGACAACAAUUUGUACCACUUUUGUGUGUUUUCGGAUAAUGUGAUGGCGGUUUCGGCAGUAGUUAACUCGACCAUUUCCAACGCCAAUCAUUCCCAGCAGUUUGUUUUCCAUAUUGUGACUAACGGGGUGCACUAUGGGGCAAUGCAUGUGUGGUUCCUCAGUAAUGAUUUUAGAGGAUGUACAAUAGAGAUACAAAAUAUCGAAGAUUUCACUUGGCUGAAUAAUGCUUCAUCAUCACAUUCUUACCCUCUUGUUGUUAACCACGAGAAUCAUUCUUUGUUGAGUCAGCUUCGGUUUUACAUCCCGGAAAUCUAUCCCCAGCUAGAGAAGAUUGUUUUUCUCGAAGAUGAUGUUGUGGUGCAGAAGGAUCUGACCCCACUUUUCUCAUUGGAUUUACAUGGAAAUGUAAACGGAGCAGUGGAAACGUGUCUGGAAACUUAUCACCGUUUCUACAAGUAUCUCAACUUUUCAAACCCGCUUAUCGGGUCGAAGUUUGACCCGCAGGCAUGUGGGUGGGCAUUCGGGGUGAACAUAUUUGAUUUGAUUGGUUGGAGGAGAGCAAACGUGACUGGACAGUAUCAUUACUGGCAAGAGCAGAAUAGGGAGGGGAGCAUAUGGAAGGACGGGACCAGCCUUCCUCCGGCCCUAUUAGCUUUCUAUGGGAUGACAGAGCCGUUGGAUAGGAGAUGGCACGUCCAAGGGUUUGGCCACGAUGCCCAUAUAGACAAGCGCUUGAUAGAGAGUGCAGCCGUGAUUCACUUCAAUGGCAACAUGAAGCCGUGGCUGAACUUGGGAUUUAGUAAUUACAAGCCCUUAUGGGAACGUUAUGUGAAUCAAAGCAAUCCAUACAUUACAGGUUGUGUUGACCGUUAAAAUUUCUUCUUACACCAUUAGUUUAUUGCAUCCCUCAUAUUCUCAUACUUGCAUUUUCACAGGGUUAGAUUUAGGUAUUAUUUGCCUCAUGUGGGGUGAUGUCUUGAAAUAUUAGUAGUUUGGAAAGAAAAUGGUUUGUGCACACCAAAAGGAACUAUUUUCCUUGGACAUAAGAUUGGGCAUGAAAUUAAUGCUUUUUUGCCUUAUCAAGUUUGCACAAUGGCUC